UGCGAGCACCUCCACAAGAAUGAAAGCGUGCUCAAGGCCAAGGCCGUGGUGGCCUUCCACAGGGGCAACUUCCGCGAGCUCUACAAAAUCCUGGAGAGCCACCAAUUCUCGCCGCACAACCACGCCAAGCUGCAGCAGCUGUGGCUCAAAGCGCACUACAUCGAGGCGGAGAAACUGCGCGGCCGGCCCCUGGGCGCCGUGGGCAAGUACCGCGUGCGACGCAAGUUCCCGCUGCCGCGCUCCAUCUGGGACGGCGAGGAGACCAGCUACUGCUUCAAGGAGAAGAGCCGCAGCGUGCUGCGCGAGUGGUACGCGCACAACCCCUACCCGUCGCCUCGGGAGAAGCGCGAGCUGGCAGAGGCCACCGGCCUCACCACCACGCAGGUCAGCAACUGGUUCAAAAACCGGCGACAGCGCGACCGGGCGGCCGAGGCCAAGGAAAGGGAGAACAGCGAAAACUCCAACUCCAGCAGCCACAACCCGCUGGCUUCCUCGCUCAACGGCAGCGGCAAGUCGGUGCUAGGCAGUUCCGAAGAUGAGAAGACGCCGUCGGGGACACCAGACCACUCGUCGUCCAGUCCCGCACUGCUGCUCAGCCCGCCGCCGCCCCCAGGGCUGCCCUCCCUGCACAGCCUAGGCCACCCUCCCGGCCCGAGCGCAGUACCUGUGCCAGUGCCAGUGCCGGGUGGAGGCGGCACAGACCCGCUGCAGCACCACCACAGCCUACAGGACUCCAUACUCAACCCCAUGUCUGCCAACCUUGUGGACCUGGGCUCCUAG